AUGGCGGGGUUAUCUCUGCCCGGCCUGGAUGCCACUGACGUGCACAACAAGCUGCGGCAGGAGCACGCAUUGCAGGACGGCAACGGCAAGAACUUUGGGGCGGACGUCAACAACGGCGGCGUCUGCAACACGUUUGACUCAUUUGUGUGGAAGCCCGCGCUGGUCAAGAUCAACGUCAUCCAGUCAGCCACCGAGGCCGCCUGCCUCAUCCUGUCGGUGGACAAGACCGUGCGGAACCCAGCCAGCAAGGCGCCAGACGUUGCGGCGAUGGGCGCCGGCUGCGGCGGCACGUGCGGGUGUGGGGGCCGGCGGCCGGGGGCGCGUGUGCCGCACGGGACAAUGACGCUGGGUGCAAGCAGCCUGGCGGCGCAUCUGGCGGCAGGGGUGGCAGCAGCAGAAGGGCGCGCCUGCGAUGUGACAUGCGGCAGAUGA